AUGGACGGAGGCAGCAGCCUCAACAUCCUCUACGUCGACACCCUCGACACCAUGGGGAUUGAUUGGUCCUGCCUCCAACCCUUGGGGGCUCCCUUCCACGACGUCAUGCCCAAAAAGCAGGCGGUACCGCUCAGGCAGAUUGACUUGCCAGUGAUGUUUGGGAACUCAUCCAACUACCGGAAGGACACCCUCACUUUUGAGGUUGUAGGAUUCAAAGGAGCCUACCACGCCAUUCUGGGUCGGCUGUGUUACGCGAAGUUCAUGGCCAUCCCUAACAACACCUACCUCAAGCUGAAGAUGUCGGGUCCUCGCGGCGUCAUCACCAUGGGGUCAACAUUCUAG